CUAAUCAGCUGUCACUUUGACAGUUGUAUCUAACCCCACAAUUUCUUGCAUAAUUUCACCUCGACAUUACUUUAAUAAGUAAAAAAUGGCUCUAAAUCCCGACUGUAAAUGUGGAAUUACGUGUAGAGGCCGAUUAAAUGAAACUAUUGGAUUUAUCGGUGGUGGAAACAUGGCAAAAGCGAUAGCCGAAGGGAUUGUUAAAAAGGGUUUGGUGGACUAUAAACAGUUAGUUGUCUCGGGGCCUCGAGAUGGUAGUUUAGAAUAUUGGCGGGGUUUGGGCUCCAAAACAACAACCCAAAACGGCGACGUUGUUUGCGACGCUGAUAUAAUUUUCCUAGCUGUAAAACCCCACAUUCUCCCUUCCGCUGUAGCCAACAUUUACGAAACAAUGAAAAAACCCGUCAAGGGUAAACUUUUCGUAUCAAUCCUAGCAGGCAUCACUUUGGAAGCCUUAGAAAACUGUCUAGCAACUUUGGAAGGCUCUCGGGUCAUCCGCGUGAUGCCCAACACCCCCAUGAUGGUGGGCGAAGGAUGCACAGUGUUCUGUCCUGGCCAAAGGGCCAGCGAUGACGACAUAGCUCUAGUAAAAACUCUCUUAGAAACGUCAGGUGUCUGUAAGCAAGUCCCUGAAUCGCUGAUCAACGCUGUGGGGGCCCUCGCCGGCAGCGGCCCUGCUUUCGUCUAUCUGAUGAUUGAAGCCCUGUCUGACGGUGGGGUUAAAAUGGGAAUCCCCCGGGCCAUGGCUACGAAUUUCGCCGCUCAGACUGUGCUCGGAGCCGCAAAAAUGGUCCUGGAAUCGGGGAAACACACAGGGGUUUUGAAAGACGAAGUGUGCUCCCCUGGGGGCACCACCAUUACGGGGAUCCACGCCCUGGAAAAGGGUGGCGUGAGGGGCGCAAUUAUGGACGCUGUUGAAGCGGCGGCGAAAAAAUCGGCAGAACUGGGACAAAAGAAAUGAAAUCGUCUUCCCGAUCAGACUCUCUCAGUAGAACAAUAACGACCCAGCAAUAUUAUAAAUAUUUAGUUUUAAUUACACAACUGGAAUAACAACAAGUACCAAUAAUUAAUUACAUGACGGACAAGUUUUUAGAUCUGUUUUAUUCUAAUGUGGAGGAAUAAAUUAUUUUCCUUUUA